UAUCCAUAUGGAAGCCAAAGACACCAAUGAUCUGUGCACAAUGUGAAGGACAAGACGCCACAACGCAGGGCUCGCUGUUGAACGCUCCUCAUUGUGUUUUUGAUCAAUCCGCCUCCUGAUGCCUCGCUGAGGGGGUUUUUUUUUUUUGUUGGUUGUGGUUUGUCGUGUUUUAACCUUGCUGUUCGGUGCAGCAGAGGAGGAGAGGAGGAGGAGGAGGAGAAGAAGGGUCCACAGACAAAAAAAAAGAUGUUGGCAAGAUAGAGAGGCAAAAAAAUCACCACCCUUCCCAGCCACUUUCAGCGAGGCCCCGAGUCGGGGAACCGCAGAAUUUAUUCUCUGCGGCCAUGGAUGUGAAAAUGAGCAGCGCUUGCGCCUUAGUAAUGGUUGCUUUACAGUGAGAGGGACGGGACUGCACCCCCUCUCUCCCUCCCUCCCUCCAAAUUAUGGGGAGACGAUGUGUCGGAGAGGAGAGGCGGCCGGUUACUUUGUUGUAACUACUUUUCACCAGGGAUUCGGGACGGGCCGGGAAGUAUGAAGGAGAUGGUUGGUGGUUGCUGCGUGUGUUCUGACGAGAGAGGAUGGGAUGAGAAUCCUCUGGUCUACUGUGACGGACAUGGUUGCAAUGUUGCUGUUCACCAAGCUUGUUAUGGAAUCGUUCAGGUCCCGACAGGACCGUGGUUCUGCAGGAAGUGUGAAUCGCAGGAGCGAGCUGCCAGAGUGCGCUGUGAGCUGUGCCCCCACAAGGACGGUGCUCUCAAGAGAACAGAUAAUGGAGGAUGGGCUCACGUAGUCUGUGCCCUGUACGUACCUGAGGUGCAGUUUGCCAACGUCAUCAGCAUGGAGCCCAUCGUCCUCCAAUACGUUCCCCACGAACGCUUCAACAAGACCUGCUACCUUUGUGAAGAACAGGGGCGUGAGAGUAAGGCAGCGACGGGUGCCUGCAUGACCUGCAAUCGCCAUGGCUGCCGGCAGGCAUUCCACGUCACCUGCGCCCAGAUGGCCGGCCUGCUGUGUGAGGAGCAAGGCUCCGAGAUCGACAAUGUGAAGUAUUGCGGCUACUGCAAGUACCAUUUCAACAAAGUGAGCCGGAAGGACAGGGAGAGGCCAAAGCAGAGGGUGAAGAAGGCCACAGAGUCUCUAAGCUCAGUUGUUAGUACGGUCACGCUAACAGCAGAGAAGACCUGCAUAAGUGCAACCAGCAGCACCAGCAGCAGCAGCAGCAGCAGCAGCCGUGCCUAUAAGUCGAGCACCGCGAGAGGGUUGGAAGAGGCCGCUGCUCCCUUCGGCAACAAACAUUUCCAGCGACCGUCGGCGCCGCUCGUGGGCGGGAAGGAGACAGCCGAGGUGGCCAGGUCAGAUGUCAAAGGGAAGAAGGCCCCUGGUCAUGGCUGUGGCCAGCGGGGACGGAAGCCUGGCGGAGCGAAGGGCACGGCAGUCGUUGCCACGGUUUCGUCGCCAAGCCUGUUUCAGCAAGGCAAUCUCCUGAGCACCUCCAGCAGUGCAGUGCAGCCUCCCCAAGAGGCCGGGCUCUUCGGCAAGACUGAGCCGCGGGGAGAGGUCUACCCUCCGGGCCGCGACCCCCCGCUGACCCCGGCGCCGUACGACGCUCCCAAGCCCGAGGCGUUUGCCGCCGACACCUCCCUGUCUGGCUUCUGCUCCCUGAUGCGUUUCCCCGCCGGCCCCGCGCCGGCCCCGAAGAAGCCCCCUCCCGAGGGCCCCCCCGGCGACUACCGGCCCUCGGCUGGGGCGGCCGGACCUCCCGGCCCCGGCUACAAGCGGCCGCAGCCCCUGGCCGAGGUGGAGGAGGAGGAGGAGACGGUGAAGGAGAAGAAGCACAAAGGCGGCAAGAAGAGCCGGCACGGGCGCGGAAGGCCGAAGGGCAACAAGAACAAUGGGGCCACCGGCCUGGCCAACACCAGCUCCCUCAUAACCUCGUCGGCAAUCUGUUCCACCGGCUGCAUCACCAGCCCCGCCUUGCCGAAACUCACACCAUCCACCAGUAUGAGUGGCUCCAUCCCAAGCCUCUCCAUGGAACCAUCACACCUGGGUGCAGGUGUCUACGUGCACAAGGAGAUCCCCCUGUCGCUCAGCGGCGGUGUACUAGGAGCCGGCUGCAGUACUCCCCUCUCCUCCAAUAUCCUCACGCAUCCUCACCGCACUUCGCACCUGAUGCACCUGAGCCGUUCCUCUCUACCUGGCUCCAUGGCUGCCACUUCCUCCAUCACCUCUUCCCAGGUAUUCUCCCUACCCGGCUCAUCGUACAGCCUGACUCCUUCCAAUGUCUUUGGAGGACCAAUAACACCAGGGUCAUCCAUCUCCUCGCUUCUGAAUCCCGUAGAAACCAGUCAAACAGAGCCUGACAUCGAUGACAAUGAUUGCAGUUUUGUCUGCAGGGGCAGUUCUUCCAGAGGAAGUCUUUCUCCGACAUCUCCUAUCGGUGGCUUGUCCAUGCUCUAUGAUCAGACGAUACCCGGUCAGCUGGAGAAUGUACCACAGACAACGUCCAACAUCGAGGAGUUACUGGACAAACACUGGAGUGGUGAAGGAGGCAUUGACAUCGUGGACAUGUUGAAGUCGCUGCACCUGCUCCAGCUGGAUAACAGGAGGCUGCAGGAACAGAUCAUGAGCCUCUCGGCCAAGAAGGAACGUCUUCAGCUGCUCAAUGUCCAGCUCUCCGUCCCCUUCGCCGGUAUCACCUCCACCAACGGGCCGUCCUCCCAGCUGCAUUUGAUCGCCUCCCAGAACGCCUGCGGCUCUGAACUGCUGAACAGCAGUAAGAGUCCCCCUUCCAGGAACAGCUUCAUUACUGAGAACUCCCUCUCUGCAUCAUCAGAGGAUCUCCGUUCUGGAUGCCACAGCCGGAGUAGUUCGUCCUCGUCGCUCCAGAGCACUCCUCCUCCCGCCCUCCCACUCCUGCAGCAGAGUCCCGUUUCCCUCCAGCUCCCGGGAAUGGCCGGAGUCUCGCAGCCGGUCAACGGGCUGGGCAGGACCUGCGUCUCCACCAAGACCAGCACCUUCUCCGCCACUCCAUCGUCGGUGGCUGGGAUGAUGGGCUGCCCUCUGGCUCCCCAGUUAGCCAGCAAUGGUAUUGUCGGUCCUCUGAAUGGUGUGGACCAGCCGCCUGCAUCAGUGGCACCACUCCAUAACUCCCUCGCUCAUCCGCCAGCUUCCCAUAGUGUUCCAACGUCAACUAGUCACUGCAACAGCAGCAUCUCUGGAAUGGGCCAAAUAUCUGACCAGCAAAGACAGUUUGUGUACCAGCAGCAACAGCAGCAGCUCCAACAGCUGCUGACGUCACAACAGUUGAGUCCGGAACAGCAGGCGUUGGUUUAUCAGAUGAUGCAACAGCAGCAGCAUCGUCAGCGGGAGCUGCAGCGGCUGCAGAUGUCCGGCAUGUCUCAACUGGCCGGCAACACCCUGGCCCAAGGAUCUCCUUCCCUGCCUGUCCACUCCGACCCAAACUCUUUCCUCUCCAUCCACACCGACAACAAUGCACAGAAGGCUCAGAGGCUGAACGAUAAAGUCAACCAAGAGAAGAGCUGACGACAUCGGGGCCGAAUGCUUUUGGACGUUGCUGCUCACUUUACCUGAAGUCAGAGGUCGUGGGUCAAGAGUUGGACAGGCCGGGAUAUCUGCUGCCGUGUGACUGACCCCUUGCACAGGAAGGGCCCAGGAUAGCCUGAAACAAGUUGCACAAAGGGACUGGUCGCAUCCUCUCAGGAAAACGCGGGCAGUGUUUUUUUUGUUGGGUUUUUUUUCUAACGGGAGGUUGGCCCUGAGUCGUCUACCGAAGGCUCCGGCCGUCACGGCCCACGGCGAGAGGCAGCCUUUUUGCACAGUCACGAAUCAUUGGAAUCACGGCUGCCUGAAACUCUGUGUGUCCCGGCAUGUCGGAACGGGAGGAUCACGGAUCAUUGCUGCUGCGUAGAAAAUUCAAAAAAGGUGCAAACUCGAGAGGACGAGGGGGGAUAGACUUUCCAAGAUGCUGCUCGGCUGCCUGGACGUACGUCUGGCGAUAUCUGCGGAGUCCUGAGCUACCGGCCUUUCCCUUACGUGGAUACUCUGUGGCAAACAUUGCAACUCCUAUCCUAUUCGUGCGUGCGUGCGUGUACAAGCGCUGGCGGAGACUUGUCUUUCUCAUUUGUCAGACGAGUAUGUUAGCGGGGACGAAUUUUCUCCGUCCGUGUGUGUGUGUGUGUGUGUGUGUGUGCAUGCGUUAAAGGCGUGAUACGGUGGUGAGUGCCCCUUGAGCUUUGGUUUCCUUGAUUCAAUGGAACCAAAUUUUGGAAGCGCAAACAUUACUGCGUCACCUCUCCCCCUCCCUCCCCCCUCCCUCCACCAGUCUAACGUCACUGACUUGGACAAAGCUGUGAGAUGGUGGUUGGGUCUGUUGGCGAGACCAACCUUGGACUGAGAACCUUUCCACUCCAGGCCAUCCAAGUGUUGCUCAAGCAGGAAUCCUUGAGGAUGCGCUUGGUAUUCUGAAGGUGGACUACACCAGACCUCCCAUCCGGGAUUUAGCGGCAAGCAAAACUGUUGCAUAGGAGAGACAUUUUGUUUUUGGUAAUUCGCUCGUGCGUUGUUGAUGUGAGCGAGAUUUUUCACCCCAUCUCCAGCUAAGGUGAGGACAUCGAGGGGGGGGGGCAGUUACUCAAACACCCAGUGGCCACAAGGUGAAAUCACCAUCCACUUUUACCGCCCCCAGGAUUCUGACCCAGUUAUGCUCCAAUUCAUAGCUUGCAAUAUUAAUGGGUCUUACAAUUAAGAAGGGGAAGCAGGUGUGAGAAUGAGACGGUUUUUUUUUAGCAGGAAUCAAGCUUGCUGUCCCUGCCGACCACAGACUAAAAGCAUUGCGGACUUUGAAAGCAAACCUGGAAGCGCUGAGCUUGAGAGCGAGUGUAACAGAGAGGCUCACAAGUGAUAGGAGCAGAAUUAGGCCAUUUGGCCCAUCAAGUCUACUCCGCCAUUCAAUCGUGGCUGAUCUAUCUCUCCCUCUCAACCCCAUUCUCCUGCCUUCCCCCCAUAACCCCUGACACCCGAACUAAUCAAGAAUCUAUCUAUCUCUGCCAUUGGCAGUCUCCACAGCGUUCUGUGGCAAUGAAUUCCACAGACUCCCUCCGUGAACAAGUGUUCAUCUCUAUGUCCCACAUCUCUCAUUCAGAGGCAGACUCUGCGCCCUAAACUUGGGUAUCCCCCAAGAGCUCAAGUCCAGGUGUCAGAGGUUACGGGGAGAAGGCAGGAGAAUGGGGUUAGACAAUAGACAAUAGGUGCAGGAGUAGGCCAUUCGACCCUUCGAGCCAGCACCGCCAUUCAAUGUGAUCAUGUCUGAUCAUCCCCAAUCAGUACCCCAUUCCUGCAUUCUCCCCCAUAUCCCCUGACUCCGCUAUUUUUAAGAGCCCUAUCUAGCUCUCUCUUGAAAACAUCCAGAGAACCGGCCUCCACCGCCCUCUGAGGCAGAGAAUUCCACAGACUCACCACUCUCUGUGAGAAAAAGUGUUUCCUCAUCUCCCUUCUAAAUGGCUUACUCCUUAUUCUUAAACUGUGGCCCCUGGUUCUGGACUUCCCCAAUAUCAGGAACAUGUUUCCUGCCUCUAGUGUGUCCAAACCCUUAACAAUCUUAUAUGUUUCAAUGAGAUAUCCUCUCAUCCUUCUAAACUCCAGAGUGUACAAGCCCAGCUGCUCCAUUCUCUCGGCAUAUGACAGUCCCGCCAUCCCGGGAAUUAACUUUGUAAACCUACGCUGGGCUCCCUCAAUAGCAAGAAUAGACCUUCCUCAAAUUAGGGGACCAAAACUGCACACAAUACUCCAGGUCAGCCAUGAUUGAAUGGUGGAGGAGACUUGAUGGGCCGAAUGGCCCACUUCUACUCCUAUUACUUAUGUCCUUAUGUCCACCUUACCUUUACCUGAUGUCUUGGUGCAUAGAUUGUUCCUUUAACAGCCUGCCCAGGGAGAGGUUCUCUGAUCUAGUUGUUUAACACACAAGCAGUGUGCUUCACUAGGACAUGUCAACUGACAAGAAUUCGUGCCAUUGUCAAACGACGUCAGAAUAUUGUGUGGCACUUGGCCUACUGCUUGUCUAAGGGCCGGGGCUAGGAUCUGGGAACCCCCGCUGCCUUGUGGAUGGGAGGUGCGGAAAUCAUGGAAUUCCCAAGGGUAUAUCACGACAUAGGAACAGUAUUAGGCAAUCCGACCCACGGAUUCUGCUGUGCCAUUCGAUCAUGGCUGAACUAUUUUCCUUAUCACCCCCGUUCUCCUACAUAACCACUGACCCCCCUUAUUAAGCAAGAACCCCGCUUUAGAAAGUCGGGAAAACACCCCAGGUGGCUUGGAGAGAGGAUGUACGGAACGCUCUUGUCGAAGGCCAGGAGGCUGUAAAAUCCAAUGGCGAGUGGAGGCAGCACAGGUGAGCAGCGGUAGAGUUGCUGUCUAACAGCGCCAGAGACCUGGGUUCAACCCCAACCACGGGUGCUGCCUGUACGGAGUUUGCACGUUCUCCCCGAGACCUGCGUGGGUUUUCUCCGGGCGCUCCGUUUUCCUCCCACACUCCAAAGACGUGCAGGUUUGUAGGUUAAUUGGCUUCGGUAAAAAUUGUAAAUUGUCGCUAGUGUGUCGGGAAGUGCUAGUGGACGGGGUGGGUGCGGACUAGGUGGGCCGAAGGGCCUGUUGCCGCGCUGUAUCUCUAAAGAGUGGGGAUUCCCUUCCAAGGUGAUUUUCUUGGUGGAGGCUGUACUUUGGAGUUGUCCCAUGGUGGGGCAAGCAGCAAAUCCAUGUAACAUUGGCGAAACUCCAGGAUAGUCCCAACUGGGCAUGUUAAACGCUAGAUAAAUACAAAUAGCUGGGGUAACUCAGCGGGUCAGGCAGCAUCUCUGGAGAGAAGGAAUGGGUGACGUUUCGGGUCGAGAUGCUUCUUCAGUUGCUUCAGCUGCUGAUCUAAUCCCAGUUCAGUUCAACGAUGAGCGCUGUUGAAACACCUCUGUGCGAGCGGGGGUGUCUGAAUCUCGUCCGGGCAAUCUUCCUCCACAUGGGCCCGUGGCCAAGGUAGACUGUUGUGAGGGCAGGGUUCCCCACCAGCCCCGUCCUCGUUCAACCACCCCGCAUCAGCUGAGGAGUUCCCCCUGUAGCUGUGACCUUCAUCCCACCUCCAACCCCUCCUCCGCACCCCACUAAUCUUUCCAUCUUCUCCCGUUACCUCGGGCUCUCCAUCAACACACACCUGGCCUCCCAGUUCCCAAGUUUCAGCCGGUCGCUUGUGGGGGACUUGGUCACAAACCUGUUAUAGUUUCUGUUCACCCUCUAACGAAAAAGAAAUCUUGCACUUUAUGUGGAAAGGUGAUUGCUAAUCAUCUUGUGGUUGAGAAUGAUUUCCCAGGCCCUUUGCUCUCCGUGUGUGCGUGUGUGUGUGCGUGUGUGUGCGUGCGUGUGUGUGUGCGUGUGUGUGUGC